GCCAUUUCCACUAAGACCCCAAAAACAAAAACCCCAUUUUUGCAACACUUCAACUCCAAAAAAAUCCCCAAAUCUCUUCGUUCUCUCAAAACCCAAACACCAUGGACACCGAUGGAUUAUCCCUAAUCUGCAGCGGUCUCGGCGCCAUUGAAGAAGAUGAUGAAGGCAAACGAAUCGGUUAUUCCAAGGGUGAAUACUGUCUCGAUAAUUUGAAAGAUUUGUUGAGGUUUUUGAGACGUGAUGAUCCGCAAUCCCGCGAUGUGUUCAAGCUAGUGUGUAAAUGGAACAUCGUUUCAAAGGAUUUGGUACCGAUUAUAGAGCAUUACCACCAAGAUCGUAGCAUGCUUCUCAAUGCAGUUAAGGUUUUGGUGUUUCUUACAAUGCCGAUUGAACCUGGUUCGACUGAGGUAUCUCAGCAGUUGGAGUAUCUGUGGGACUUGAAAUCUGCAGUGACUAACGGUGAUGUUGUCACGGUGAUAGUGUCGAUUCUAGAAAAACCACUUGAGAAUUUGGAACUUAAUAAGUUCACGGAGGAUGAUUGGAAAUUGGUACAAUUGGUGUUUACAUUAUUUAGAAAUAUCCUAGCUGUUCAAGAAAUCCCGUUGCAUCUGAAAUCAGCAGGAUCUGCUAGUCAUUUUUUAUCGCUCAGAGAUAAAUUUCUGGACCUUUUGUUCCGCGAGAAUGUGAUGGAUAUAAUCUUGGUUGUAUCUCAAAAUGUUGGGAGUUCUAAUGUCUAUCUCCGUCAGGAUAACUUGCUUCUGCUCGAAAUUUUUCAUUACAUUUUUAUGGGCCAGGAUCCAGAGUUGAUUAUCCGGGGCUAUUCGAAUGGAUCGAAGGCGGACGAAGACUCCCAAGCUUCUCUUGAUAGUCUCCAGUCCAUCAUGGAGGAAGAAAAGAAGAAAAGAAUCAUUAGUAGGCUUGGCAAUAUCGGUCGGCAUUCACAAUUCAAUGCAACAUUUGCACGGGUUACCAUGGACGGUUCUAAAGCCGUAGUUAAGGGAAAUCCUAAUUCUUCUCAUAAUAUGCAUCUUAAAUCACAAAAUGUUACUCGGGGUCGAGCCAAAACAAUUGCGUGGGAUCACCCAAAGUUGCCUUCAACAACGGAUACAAUCUUGGAGUUGCUUCGUGGAUUUGUCGAUCAGUUUCUUUCUGUGGGAUACAACGUUUUGAUGCGAUCCGUCCGUGAAGAUAUUGAAAAGGAACAUCCUGCAGUUCAAAAAACUGACGUCGUUUUUUUCUUUCAAGUGGCUGAAUUUGUCACUUCAUUCCAGUUUUACAAGCAUUCAACUUCAAAGAUCAAGGAAGAAAGACACGCAUUUGAUGAUAAUGAUGCUGAUGCUUCAGAUUACAGUGGUAAAAUAUGUGGCCCAAUUGAAGCAUCCUUGAAUGAGUCAAUGUUUCAAUUAGUCAUUUCAAAGUGGCGGCAGGCCUAUGAUGGUCUAAAGGAGACCAAUGACUACAUGUUUCUAUCUGCAGCUGGUUCUCUUUUGAAAAACAUGAUUCGCAUGCUGGAUCUAGUACUUAAGUUGCUGCCAGAAGACUCUAAGGAGCCGCAAACAGCUCGCAUUCUUCUGUACAAGUUGUUUUAUGAUCAGACUGAAGAAGGGAUGACUCAAUUUCUCUUGAAUUUGAUCAAAACGUUUGACACCCACAAACAAUGCAAAAGUGCUCUUGCAGAUUUGGUUGAAAUCAUUUGCAAGGUUGUAAAACUAAUGGAUCAUCUUCAGUCUCGAGGAACAUUGAGGGUGUCAAAAAAAGCAAGGAAAUUGAAAAAGAAGAUUUCCAGUGCAAGAGAAUCAGAGAAUAAACCAACUGGAGAUCAGUCUUGCAUUCAAAAAGAAGCUAGCAUUUCUAUUGACAAUCAAUUAGCUGAAAAUCAGUUGCUGCAGAAGGAAUCCAUACCAAAUGCAAAUUCCACCGAGCAAGAAGACACCCCUCAUGAUAAUGAACAUCAAAAUCUCGAGAAAGAUGUGAACUCCCAAGUUCGUUUGAAACCAAUGGAAAACAGAAAUCUUGAUGAUAAUGGAGAUAAUAAUGUCAAGAGAGAUGUGAACUUUGAAAUUGGUGUGGAAUCAGUGAGAAACACAAAUCUUGAUGAUAAUAAAAAUGAAGAUGUCGAGGAAGAUGUGAACUCCCAAGUUGGUAUGAAACCAAUGGAAAACACAAAUCCUGAACAUCCUAAUGAGGAUAUGUUGGAUGACACUGGUGAUUUUUCUGAAGAUGAGCAAAUAAAUGCAGUUAGUGAAGUUGAUUUCAAUGUUUCGACGCUUGUCUCUGCCUUUGCGAAUCACAGUAUCAUUCAGAAAUUGUGUUGGUUGCUCAAGUUUUAUAAAAGCAAUUCCCUUGCUAUAAAUCAUUACAUAAUAAGCAUGUUGCGGAGAAUUAGUGAUGAUCUUGAACUCCAUCCCAUGCUCUACCAGCUUUCGCUGCUCACAAUUUUUUAUGACAUCCUUGCUGAACAAAAGUCACGCCCCUGCGAGGAAUAUGCAAGUAUUGUUGAUUUCCUCAACAGUUUGGUCAGAAAGAUGCUAAAGAAAAUGAAAAAGCAGCCCCUCCUAUUUGUUGAAGUCCUUUUCUGGAAGACCCGAAGGGAAUGCCAUUACAUCAAUGCAGAAUAUUUGUUGGAUGAGCUUGGCCAUUUGAAAAACGAAACUAAAAAUUGGAAUGAUACUCAAGGGGAUGGGGAAAUCGGUUCAUCCCCAGGGAAACCAUGGACUCGUAGAAGCCUAGCUGAUGCACUUGGUGACGAUGAAGCAGAUGUUGUGAUCUCUCAUGACUCGAGAUAUCAAAACAAUGGAGAAAAGCUUGAUGAUAUUGAAGGCAUUGCUUCUACCUCAGGCAGUAAGAAUGACAGAGAUGAUAAUAAUGGGGAGCCAUGGUUAGAAGAUGAAUAUCAAACAGCUCCAAGGAGAAAGAAAAAACUGAUUCUAGAUGCUGAGUUGGAGAUACAAAUUAAGGAUCUCUAUGAGAAAUUCAAAGAUGACCGAAAUUGCAGUCGACGUAUUGCUGAAGUGCUUGAUCCAGAUGGUAAAAUAUCUACAGCUCAAAUAUCCAGUAAAUUGAAAAAAUUAGGGCUAACGAUUGCAUCAAGGAAAAAGAAGGGUGAUGCUGAUGAAACAUUUUCAACAAGCCCUAAUCAAUUAGAAGGGGGUGGAUUGGCUGGAGGUGUGAAUCAUACAUCAGUGGAAGGAAGCCUGUUGAUUCAGCACCGGCAGAAAAGAAAAAGAGUCAGUGCUUUCAAUGAAGAUCAGGAAGCUCGUAUCAAAGUUCUAUUUGAGGAUUUCAAGGACCAUAGAAGAUGUAGCUAUAUGAUAGCUAAUGCACUGGACAAGGAUGGUAAAUUCACUCCUGCCCAAGUCUCUCGAAAACUUAAGCAACUUGGCUUAUGUGUUCCUCAAAAGAGUUUUAGAGGAAAAAACCACCAAAAGGGUGAGGAUCUUAUGGAUGGUUCAAAUGAUAGAAUGCAUGAAUCUGAUGAGGACACAUUGAUAUCAUUGGUAAAAAGGAAAAAAGGGAAGAAUAGAAAAGAAUCAAGCGAACAGUUACGAGAACAGACCAAUGAGGAUAAAUUAUCAAAAGAUGAUUCUGAUGAUGAAAUGCUCGCCUCUAUCCUAAAGAAAAAAGGGAAGAAUAGAAACAUAUCAAGCGAACAGUUACAAGAACAGACCGGUGAGGAUAAAUUAUCAAAAGAUGAUUCCGAUGAUGAAAUACUUGGUUCUAUCCUCAAGAAAAAAGUGAAGAAUAGAAAAGAAUCAAGGAAACAGUUACAAGAACAGACCGGUGAGGAUAAAUUAUCAAAAGAUGAUUUGGAUGAAGAAAUACUUGGCUCUAUCCUCAAGAAAAAAAGGAAUGGAUCAGUAUCCAGUGAUUAUUUACAUGAAAGCACCAAUGAGGAUGAAUUGUCCAGAGAUGAUUCUGAGGAUGAAAUGCUUCAAUCUGCACCAAAUGAAAAUCAAGGAGGUUUCGUGAAUUCCCACCAAGUAGAAAAUAUGCAAGUGGAUCCUGACUUGGAAGAUUCAGAGGAUGAAGUGGCUGUUGAUACACUCCCUGACAAUGCUGUAUCCAGAAGGAAGCUGAGAAUGGUGGUUGAUCUUGAGGAUGAUGACUGAUGUGGAAGCGUUAUUAUUUUGACUUAAUGUGGAAGCGUUAUUAUUUUGACUUAAUGUGGAAGCAUGAUUAAGAUACCUGUGUAUUCUUUUAUACUUGAUUGUUUGCUUCCAAUUUGUACAAAUAGUAUGUAUAUUUAACCGAUUAUUUAAGAUUCUAUCCUUUUGUGUAUAGUUGACUAUAAAAGCAAUUCCCCUAUUUAUUUUCAAGUCCAGAAGCAUGUGAAUUGUGAA